GGACGGUCCCGGGCCAGCGUGUGCGACUGCGCGCCUGACGACCCCUUUGCGACGGCUGUGACUGCCGUAAAGCAAGGUCGCCGCCGCUGCUGUAGAGUGAGAAGUACCUCUUUGUUCACAGAAUAUAAGAUUAUCUUCCUGUUUCAUGAAGAAGAUGAUAACAGCUGGGUUACUGUUAAAGACAUUUGCGAGAAGACCACAGACCAAUGAGUAGAAUCAAUAAGAACGUGAUCUUGGCCCUCCUAACACUGACAAGUUCUGCGUUUCUGCUAUUUCAGCUCUAUUACUACAAGCACUAUCUGUCAGCCAAGAAUGGAACUGGCUCAUCAAAAUCCAAGGGAAACCGAAUUGGAUUUGAUAGCACACAGUGGCGUGCAGUUAAGAACUUUGUUAUGCUGACAUCCAGCCAAAAUGUGCCAGUGUUCCUUAUCGACCCUUGGAUUCUGGAAUUGAUUAAUAAAAACUUUGAACAAGUGAAAAAUACUUCUCAGGGCCCCGCUUCAGACUGCAGGUUCUUCUGUGUUCCGCGAGACUUCACUGCGUUUGCUCUGCAGUAUCACCUGUGGAAGAACGAGGAUGGCUGGUUUCGGAUAGCUGAGAAUAUGGGAUUUCAGUGCCUAAAGAUUGAAAGCAAAGAUCCUCGACUAGAUGGAAUAGACUCACUUUCUGGAACUGAGAUCCCCCUACACUAUGUCUGUAAGCUGGCCACUCACGCCAUCCACUUGGUGGUCUUUCAUGAGCGGAGCGGCAACUACCUCUGGCAUGGUCACUUACGACUCAGAGGACACAUGGACAGAAAGUUUGUUCCUUUUCGAAAGUUACAGUUUGGUCGUUAUCCUGGAGCUUUUGACAGGCCAGAGUUGCAGCAGGUUACUAUUGAUGGGCUAGAUGUCCUUAUUCCAAAAGACCCAGGACACUUUCUAGAAGAAGUGCCACGCUCCAGAUUUAUCGAGUGCAGGUAUAAAGAAGCUCGGGCGUUCCUUCAGAAUGCGGGACUUCCACUCAAACACAAGUUUGGGAAGGUGGAGGACAGCUUGGAGCUCUCCUUCCAGGGACAGGAUGACGUCAAGCUUGACAUUUUUUUCUUCUAUGAAGAGACUGACCAUAUGUGGAACGGAGGCACUCAGGCCAAAACAGGAAAAAAGUUUAAGUACCUGUUUCCCAAGUUCACACUGUGUUGGACAGAGUUUGCAGACAUGAAAGUCCACGUGCCCUGUGAAACAGUUGACUACAUUGAAGCCAACUAUGGUAAGACCUGGAAGAUUCCUGUGAAGACAUGGGACUGGAAGAGCUCACCCCCAAAUGUUCAACCCAAUGGGAUCUGGCCUAUUUCUGAGUGGGACGAGGUCAUCCAGUUGUACUGAGAAUACAAAGUUAAGGAGGGACAUUUCCCAACAAGAAGAUGGGCAGCUGUUCAAAGCACCCCUGUCUUUUUGCUGCAUAUGAGAGCCAAAGAAGAUAAAUGACAAGUGGACCAUCUAAUCAGCUGUCGUUCUACAAUUUCUGAGGAGUUUCUACACCAGGUGAAAUACUAAGUUCUGGUGGAUAGGCAGAGAUGAACAAGCAAAUGCUGCCUCUCUCCUGUCAUGUUGGUAAGCAGUCCAGUCUUCUUUUAAGGGAAUGUCCCCCACCCUCUGAAGAGCUGGUGUACGUUACGAUGUAUUCCAUAAUGAUUCUUAAAAUGUUGAGUGAUGUUUAUGCUGGGAAGUGAGCUCAUCAUUCAAAGCUAAGGAGAGUACAUUAGUUAGGAAUCAUUCAUUCCUGCCUGUCCUCUGGAUUUAAGCUGCUGCGUUCAUGCCACUUUUGAGAUUGUGGGAUGUGAGUUAGUCCUUCAUGAGUGAUCAGACUUUAUGUCGCAUAGAGAAAGGUAGUGGCAGACUCAUCUUACAAGCAUUUCUAUCACAGUUGGCUUAAAGCACAGGGCGAUUUAUAAAGGAAGAUGAGAGUCCAUUUCAAGCCUUGUCAGGAUGCAUAGCUUCAUGUUUGAAGUGAGAGGUUGAUGCCUACGUGAGGUUUAUGUUUCCGACAUCAUAGGAACAUCUUCGCUGACCUGCAGUAGCACGUGCUCAUGAGUCUCUCAGUCUUGCCGUCUGAAAGCUGUGAUUUCCCAAGGCUUACUUUCCUUAUUUCAGUCCCAAUCACUCUUAGAUUUAAAAAAUAGGAGUAAUUCAUGGAUAUUUUUUAUUUUCUGAACUUGGACCUCUUCUACCCUUUAUUUUAAUGUUGGCACUAAAUACUAAUAGACACACCUCUGAGGUUCUAAAUAGACCCUUUAUUUAUUUAUCAACAGUAGCUCUGUUUCUUUAAUAUAUAGCCUACACACUGAUUUAUUUAAAAUAAAGAUACGACUGUUGUUCUCUCCAAUACUACUUCAGGUUUCCAUAAUGAAGGCUUAAUGUGAACCUGGUAACUCUUCCUUGUUCCAGAUCACUGCUUUUAAAGCCUGUGUCCAUCCCUAGAUUUUCCUUCUGCUGAGUGUAAUAGUUCAAGGCUCAGACUUCCUCCCUACCAAGUACUACACCUGCUGGACCCUUGACCUCCUUCUUCUUCACAAAAUACACUCGUGAGUAGGCUGGGUUAGCUGCACCCUUCUCUUUACCUGUACUUAAGCCAUGUGCUCUAAGUGAGAUAUGCAGGGGAGUCUGGUGCAGUAAAUGCUGCCUGGGAGAGGAGGUUCUCUACUCUCUGCUUAGGGAUGCUUCCCAUGACAGCCUGACAGAUUUCCCUUUGAAACUAUAGUUGCAAAAAUGAAAACCAGAAUGUCUAAGGGAAUGAGCUGGCAGAAUUUAAAAAAAACAAAACAAAACAAAAACUUGAGAAGUCACUUGAAGCCACCCACUUCCAAAUUUCAAAAUCAAGGUGAAAACUCUUUGAUAGACAAUAAGCAACAGUCUGUGAGGAUGCAUCCUCCAUGCAGGGAACUGAGUCUCAUCAUAACCAUCAUAAGCAGAUGUUCAGAGACUUUUGUAAUUAUUAACAAAUGUGUCCCCAAAUUACAGAUCAUAAACAGUUCUUUCCUAGAAAAUAAGUCCACAUUCUGUGUACCCACGAUUUAGGUAGCCAACCCUAAUUUCAUUUUUUUGUGUACCAGAAAUACAGCAUUUGAUGAUAGUGUUCUUGAGAAACCCCCUAUCUGAGCCCACUGGGUUGUACUCAGUAUCCAGAAGCAAGUGCACUCACAUUGUGUUUCUUGAGAGCCCUCAUCUCCUGCCAGGGGAGCCGACCUACUCCUGCUCAAAUUGCUUUGUUUGUAUCCAUCUUUGGAGUUCAAGGUUGGGAAGCGUCCAGAGUACAAGCUAUCUUGGCCAAGGUCAGAGGUUUCAUAUAUUCUUUCCUACACAGAGGACAGCUAAACAUCUUGUCUUCCCUCUGAUUGUCUUUAGUGUUGGGGUUCCUUUCUACCUUGGAGAAAAUGAAAGCCUUUCCCAGAAUUUGAAGGCGAGGCCUGCUUUGUAAAAUGAUCCCAUGAUUCAGUCACAGUGAAGCCUGUGCUUCUUAACCUUUGAACUCUGCUGUCCAGAGACCUUGGGUUAGGUGCGCUCACCCCCUUACCUUCUCAGAUCACUUUUCAUUCCUCCCUGAAUAUGCCCACUGUCUUUUUAUAUGACUACUUUCCGGUCUGAUUGCCUGGUUUACUUGAAGAUAUCUCUUCUGUUAACUUGUUGGCAGUUAUGUAACCAAGGAUAUCUCCAGAGAGACCCUGAGAAGCAAACACUUUCUCAGUUUGCAACAGCCAGCUACUGUUCCAAACAUGGAGCACAUGCCCUGCUCUUGGCUGCCUUAUUGACAUCUGGCCACCGAGAUAAAAUAAUAGUCACCACAGCUGGCCGUCUAAGAAUAGCUGAGCCGCUAGAGAACGGGCUUCUCAGAUUCCCUUGCUAGCCUGCAGUGUGACCACUGUGUACUUAGUGAAGCAUUCUUUCUGGCCCUCAUUUCUCAGCUGGUCGGUAAUCCCAGGAAGGAGCUAGCUGAGCAGAACAGCUGAGGCCACGAUGCAGCAAGUGUUCUGUGACUUCUGGUCUGCUGCUGUCUGCAGACCUGAGAUCAGUUCUCAAUGUGGCCUCGAUGACACCUGACUCCAGUGUCUCGGUCUCGGGGACGUGCCCCUUGGGGUGCUCCUGCCAGCCCCCGCUGAAGGCCUCAGGUGACAAAAGACACUAAGGAGGAAGGUUUUUUUCUUGUCCAGAAUUCUUAAGCUACCUUCUUACCUUUAUCUGGAAAAAAAAAAAAAAAGCCUUAUCUACAAAAAAUAGAACAGUUUAUGUCUGAAGACAUCAGCCUGUGUUUCCUGACUCUUGAAAUGUUUUAAAGGGUACUCCGGUUCAGGGCUAGGGUUAAGUACUUAUAAAAUGUGCUGUUUCCAACUUCCUGUUUCCUUGGUAAUCAUUUAAAUUGUAGGUGAGGAUGCACUGCCUUCUCAGAAGGUUGCAUGACAGAAGUUGCUUAUAAAUAAAAUUGGGGGUGGGGCACUGAGAUGACUUAGUGGGUAAAAGCCCUUGUCACCAAAGCUGACUUGUGCAUGAUCCCCAGUACCCAUCCAGUGCAAGGAGAGAACUGAUUUCCACAAGUUGCCUGUGACUCCUGCGCGUAGGCUCCAGUGUGCUUGCAUCUCCUCUCCAGCACACAGGUAAAUGUAGUGAAACAGCCUAUUGUGUCUGCGCAGUGCAGCUCAGAUGAUGUCGUUUAUGAACUGAGAGUCAUUGCCGUAUUACCUCCACCUGUAAACAGAGCUGCGCUUUCAUUCAGCUGACCAAGCUGCUGUCUUCUGAUGGUAUCCAUGUACUACUGUUUUCUUCUAAGCCCGGCCAGUUUGCUCUCUGAUUUGGUGCCUGAUCUGCUAUGGACUUGCUUUUCAGUAUUCUAGUUUUGGGUGGCAAACAUCACCAUAUGUACAGAUCUGCAGAACCGAGGCUUUGGAGUGCUUAGUUAUUCUUUGCCUACCCUGGAUGGAGAUGCGGAUAGUGGAGACUUCUUGCCCAGCGUGUGUGAGGCCAGGAUCAGUACAAAUCGCAAGAAAUCUGAGCAGAAGGAUUACCAUGUUCGAGACCAGCCUGGGCUACACUGUGAAGACUCUGUAUUGAGGGAGGAAGAAGGAGAGAAGAGAGACAGACACAGAGAAAUGAGAAUAUGCUCAUGUCAAUCAUCUGCCCACAGAUUUAUGUUUUUGUCUAAGCUAGGCAAGAAGUAGCAGCAUAUGUCAUCCUGUUUUAAGUUAUUUUACAUUAGAGCAAAACACUAAUUAUAGUUAAUUGUAGGCAAACAAUUUAGUCCUUUUGUAUACAACCAGUAAGCAAAUAUAAAUUUUCUGAGAAUUUUUGUUUCUGUCCCCUCAGAACACGUAGGCUAGAAUUUGCCCCCAUAAUUCCUAGACCCAACCUAAUAGAAUUUUUCUGGGGGCCCACACAGCUAUCCGAACUUCCUCUGAGAAGCUUUUACAGAAGGGAGUGUAUAGGAAAGCUUUGUCACAUGAAAUAUCCUGCCAUGCACUUUAAACACUACAACCUUCUGACAAUUUGUUCAAAGCAUGAAAAUUAGUUCAUGAGUUUAUUGAAUGCAAAUCAUGUGUAACUCUGUCAACAUGUGUAUGACUGAAACAUGUAUGUGAAUUUUCUAGACUAUCUCAUGUUUUAAACAUGGGAUUUCAGUGUAUGCAUACCAGUUUCCUACUUGGUUUUUGUCUUCAGGUAUAGUUCAUGGUACUACUGAAAAGACUUUUAAUAUUAUUACUCUGAGGAUUUGUAAUAUAUGAUCUACUUGGGGAUGAUUAAUAAAAAAUUUUUAAUCUGU